UGGCGCGCAGCGGCGGGCUCCUUCCCUCUGUGGUCUGGGCCAGGUGGACUGGAAGGGGCGGAGGUAACCACAAGCGGCCAGUGGAGGCCGCCCCGCAGGCCCCCCACCCCCUCCACGCAGCGCUCGCGACUCGCGUGCAGGGGGAAGGCGCCAGCUGUGUUGUUCAGAGCGGCACCACCGCUGCCUGCCUCUCUGCGAAGCGCCGCCGGGGCGGCCGCCGUGCUCAGUCCGAAGUCGGCCACCAUGGAGGCGCAGGCACAAGGUUUGUUGGCACGUGAACCACUGCAAGGACGAGAUGAAGACACAGUAGCCAGUGCAGACUUCUCUAGCACGCUCUCUGAGGAGGAAAAAGAAGAGUUGAAGGCGGAGUUAGUUCAGCUCGAAGAUGAAAUUACAACAUUAAGACAAGUUUUAUCAGCAAAAGAGAGGCAUCUGGUUGAGAUAAAACAAAAACUGGGCAUGAACCUGAUGAACGAAUUAAAACAGAACUUCAGCAAAAGCUGGCAUGACAUGCAGACCACUACUGCCUACAAGAAAACACAUGAAACUCUGAGUCACGCUGGGCAGAAGGCAACUGCAGCUUUCAGCAACGUUGGGACGGCCAUCAGCAAGAAGUUUGGGGACAUGAGAUCUCACUCCAUCGGCUACUCCAUUCGCCAUUCCAUAAGUAUGCCUGCUAUGAGGAAUUCUCCUACUUUCAAAUCAUUUGAGGAGAGGGUUGAGACAACUGUCACAAGCCUUAAGACGAAAGUAGGCGGGACGAACCACGGCGGAGGCAGCUUUGAGGAGGUGCUCAGCUCCGCAGCCCAGGCCAGCGCGCAGAGCGCGGCGGGCGGCCCCCGGCGGGCCCAGGACGGGGAGCUGCAGUGCUAGGGCCGCCCGCGGCGCACACCCGGAGAGGAAGACCAAAAUUCCACUGGGAAAAACCCAGGCCUUGACCUUGUUCUUCAAAUGGCCUCACCCAAAGUUUAAUGGAAUGAUUUCCAUUUGUAUUUGUGUUGAUGAUGGACCACUUGACCAUCACACCUCAUUGGCUGUCAUCUUUUAAAAUGCCCCCUCUUAAGCAGGUACAUGGUUGGUCAUAACCCUUAUCUUUGUGUAAUUCAAGAUGUGUUUUCCCAUCGUAGCUACUAUUUGCUUUAUUUGCUUAGACCCCUUUAAGAUAUGCAUGUCUUUGAAGGCUAAGUGAACACCCCCUUUUAGUUUAGUGGGAUCAAGGAGCUCUUUCUGACAGCCUCCAGCAAUGGGUUGACCUGCUGCAAAUUCCAUCCAACUGCUUAUAAUCACUCUUAACUCUAUCAAUGUAUGUUUAUUUAAGCAAUUAAAAUAAUGGAUUUUAAA